AUCUCCUCCCCCUGAACCAGCUGGGAAAGCUAAGGCUUCACACACAUACACACAGAGGUAGAACAGCAUACAAGGCUAGGCCGCAAGUCAUUAGUUCUUGGUGGCCAAGCACUGACAAAGGACUGAGCAAGAAGCCUGGAGAGCAUCCACAGGAAUUAGAGCUGAGAAAGAAUCUCUCCUUCAACCUGAUUUUUGUUUUUUCGUUUGUUAUUGUUUUAUUUUUUUCAGUGUAAGGGAGGAAGUAGCCUCAGGAUCCUGUCAGAGCCGAGCCGACUCAGACAGCAGCCAAUACCAGUGGAAAGGCUGCACUUCCUUGUGUGCAUGAUCUGAUUGAGUGUUUUGGAUGCGAGUACGAGCCGCGGGCGGUCCGCGUCGCCUUCAUCCGCCGCAGAAGCAGCAUCUGCAAACCGGCGUCGCUUCAACAAGAAGGGAGAAGAAGAAGACAGAAGCCCGCGAUCAGACGAAAAAGUGGCGUUUUGCGUGUGUUUAAUGUCCUCACAAUGCUGCUGGUGCUUCAGAGUGGAUGGCUGCGGUACAUUAGAGCCGAGCUCUCAGUCUCACUGAUCGGAAGGAGGAUCUAACCCGAUUAACUAAUAUUUUUUUAACAAAACGACUUUCUUCGUCUUCAGCUAGAAAAGCCAAAAGACAGCCGUUUGUACUGAGGUUUUUGGACUGCAGUGUGUCCCCCGUCGGACGGAACGACACAAAGACACCGAACCGGAGGAGGACAACGGAGGUGUUAAAAUCCAAAGGAAUGCCAAACUAAAAGUUGCCCCAGUGACUCCACACUGUUUCCAGGUCAUAGUGGAGUGGGCGGGGUUUGAGCUACUCUCUUUUCUACAACCAAACGGCCUGAUUUUUACCACUAAAACAUUGGUAACACUGCUUAUUUAGCUUGCAGACUUCCCCUCCUCCCCCAGUUCUGCUCAUAUUUAACUUGAAUUAGCUACUAAAUGAAGACGGAGGGUAGCUGAAGAGGUUAAACUAGUCCGGGUAGAAAGGGGAGAACACCGUCCGGACUCUGGGUUUUUAUGACCGCUUCCAGAAACCUCGGCUGCCUGGCCUCAUUUUCUUCCGCGCUGACUCCGUAACCAAGCGAUGGCCAUGGUGAGUGGGGGCUGGGGAGAUCCCAACGGGGGCACCAACGGGCUGGGGGACAAGGGCUACCUGCGGGGGGAGGAGGAGGACGGGUCUCCGCAAGCGGGGGGCAGCGAUAUGGAGGCCGGGGACGAGGACAAGGCCUGCGUGGUGGACUGCGUGGUGUGUGGGGACAAGUCCAGCGGAAAACACUAUGGCGUGUUCACCUGCGAGGGCUGCAAGAGCUUCUUCAAGAGGAGCGUCAGACGUAACCUCAGCUACACAUGCAGGUCCAACAGGGAGUGUCAGAUCGACCAGCACCACAGAAACCAGUGCCAGUACUGCCGUCUGAAGAAAUGUUUCCGUGUCGGCAUGAGAAAAGAAGCAGUUCAACGCGGGCGAAUCCCACCUCAGCCCAGCCUCAGUCCCUCCAUCACACCCAUAGGUGGCGCCAGCGGCAUCGGCGGGAGUGAGUUCUACAACAACAACAAUGGGGGCGGAGGAGGGGGACAGCCGGUAUCGGAGCUCAUAUCCCAGCUGCUCCGGGCAGAGCCGUACCCCAACAGCCGAUACGGACACCAGUACAACCAGCAGGCGGGUCCAGACAACGCCAUGGGCAUCGAUAACAUCUGUGAGCUGGCCGCUCGGCUGCUCUUCAGCACCGUGGAGUGGGCCAGGAACAUUCCCUACUUCCCUGAGCUGCCCGUGUCGGAUCAGGUGGCGCUGCUGAGGCUAAGCUGGAGCGAGCUCUUCAUCCUCAACGCUGCUCAGUCGGCCCUGCCACUGCACAUGGCGCCCCUGCUGGCGGCGGCCGGCUUCCACUCGUCGCCCAUGUCAGCUGAGCGCGUGGUGUCCUUUAUGGACCAGGUGAGGAUGUUCCAGGACCAGGUGGAGAAGCUGAUGAGGCUGCAGGUGGACUCGGCUGAGUACAGCUGCCUCAAGGCCAUCGCUCUCUUCUCACCAGAUGCCUGCGGUCUGACCGACCCGGUCCAUGUGGAGUCACUGCAGGAGAAGGCUCAGGUGGCGCUGACGGAGUACGAGCGCAUGCAGUACCCAUCGCAGCCGCAGCGCUUUGGCCGGCUGCUGCUGCGCCUGCCGGCGCUGCGCGCUGUCCCCGCCAGCCUCAUCUCCCAGCUCUUCUUCAUGCGCCUGGUGGGGAAGACCCCCAUCGAGACGCUGAUCCGUGACAUGCAGCUCUCCGGAAGCUCCAUCAGCUGGCCGUACGUCCCGGGGCAGUAGCUCCGCCCCUGAGCCCGCCCGGACCCCACUUCCUGACUCAUCGCCGUCCUUCUGUAUGCUUGUGAGGCGCGGUGCCAGCUGGCCGUCCAUCCCCCCUUCCCGUCUCGUUGCCAACCCGGUCUCUCCGGUGCCAGAACACAGCUCCGCACGCUGGGAUCCAGUAUGGUCGCCGCAGCCCACAUGUCAUGUUGACUAAACUCAGCCUCACGCAGGGAGCAGCAGCACCCUGCUACAGAUCCUCAUAGAGGACAAAACAGUUCUUUCCUCCAUGCUGCGCAUCAUGACUGGAAUGGGUUUAUCUCAUGAAUUCCCUGAGUUUUGUCUGCCAGGCUGAACAAGACGAAGAAAAAUCACCAAAGUUUCUAACGUCAUCCUCAGAUUGUCGUCAUGGUAAACGCAUCAGAGGAGCGGAUAAAGAAUUCUAAACUACAAACGGCUCCAUUGGGAACAGACCAAUACCUCAUUAGACAUCAGAAUGCUUUAGUCGGAUAUUUCCUGUAGGAUUUGUUCACCAGAAACCGCCUUCUUUUUGACAACUGCCUUGUUAUCGAGGAUGAUGAACCUGGAGCCCCUUCUGGCUCAGGAGCUCUCUGUCUUGUAUCUAUAAAAAAAAAAAAUCCUGUCAUUUUCUGUUGUUUUUUGAAAAGACUAGUUUUUAAAUGUCUCAGUACAGUUUACUCUGCUUCGUUUGGAUACAUUUUAUGAAUGAGAUGCAUAAGGCCGACGUGGAAUCUUUGAAUUGACAAAGAAAAAUUAGAAGGUUGAUUUUUAGCAGUGAAGAAUCACUUUAUGUCCCUUUAUGAAGCGCCUUGCUAUACAGUAUUCACACACAUUUGUGGUGUUGCAGCCCCAAACGGCCGUGUGUUUUUGUUGGAAGUUUCUAUGAUGUACAGACACAACGAAGCAGAUCAAAUUAAGACUCCAGCCACUGCUGUCCUAGGGAAUGAGGAAGAGCUUGGUUUAUGGCAGUUUAUUGCGUUUCAUCUGGCUCCGCCCACCUGACCAACCUGGAUCACUUUUGGCUUUAGUGGCCUUGAUUAUACAGACAUUUGACAGGAAAGACGUGGUGGAUGGAAGGGGAAGACCUGUGGUAAAUGGUCAGAGAGUGGGAAUCAAACCCAGGACUUCUUGUGCUUCCCUCUAUCAGUAUCUUUAUUCCUACUUCUCUGUCUUGUGGAGUCUACAACUUAUAUUUUCCAGGACUGCAACAAAUCAUUAUUUUAGUAAUGAAUUAUUUUAACUAUUAUAUGAGUAAUCACUUAAAAAUUGGCACAUUUUCCAGAUUUUUCAUUUAACCACUUUAUACAGUAUUAGAAAUACAUGAGAAGGAGAAAAUAAACCGAUAAUUCAUUUUCUUAAAUGAGAAAAUAAACUUUGGAUUCCCUAAAAUACAAUAACAGCAUUCUUUUAGUGAACACUUGAUAAUUUGUAGCAAAGGAAUCAUCUACAGCUAAAAAUCCUUCAACACGUGAACAAAUCAGGCUUUUCUGCUGCACUCAAUGUCUGAUCUGCUGAUUAUUAUUUUUUUGUUAACCAAUUAAUAAUUGGACAAGAAUUUUUUUUCUUUUUUUUAGAGAAUUUGAACCAGGUGAAGCUAAAACUCUGCCACUCGAGGAGUUCUCUAGACACUUGUUUUUAUCUUGCAUGCUAGUUGUUCAUAUUUUUGUGGAGAUUUGUGAGAUCUCCUACAUCUCUGCUUUAAACCUCUCCACACUUUCCUCCAUGAUCUACUGCUGGGGUCCUCUGGUCGCCAUGGUGAUGCUGGUCCUCUAACAGGGCCAGAUUAAAUUCUGUUUACUCAUAAGGCCACUUCUGAAGGUCAUUGGUUGCAAUGGAUUUUUUUUUUCAGGAGUAUCAAAGUAAAGGGAAUGAAAAACAUAUUUGACACACUUUUCAGAUUUAUAUUUUAAAAACAAUUAUGCCGUUCAUUGAACUCUACAAUUAUGUGCUAACUUUCUGUUGAUUAUCACCAAUGGUUUGCUUUGUUGAAACAAAGGGGUGUGAAUACUUUUGCAAGGCGCUGUACUACACCUGGGGCAGCAAUCUCUUGAAAAUGUAUUAAAAUAUGUAUAUAUCUAUAUAUAUUGAUGCCAACUUUGUCUUUGCAUGUUCAGAUGUUUUUGGUUCUUUGAUGUCGAGAUGUUUUUUUUUUGUUUUUGUUUUUUUUCCCCUCAUUUACACUAUUAAUCAAGUUUGAUUUCAACAUUAAAGUAUUCCUUUAACACA